AUGUUAUGCUCCAAGGCACCCAAUUCUACUCCACGUGGCGGCUGGAACCAAGAUCGACUAGGCUUUUACGCUACCCCUGCCGCAGCAUUUCUGCGACGUCUGAUGGCCGGAGGAAUCGGCCUCGUUCAUGCAUUUAUUGUGCUCAAGACUCCCAGCACCAUUCUUAUUUGCCCACAUUCCGACAAUCUCAACUGGCAACUUUUCGACUGGAACGCAUAUACCCUAGUGUGCCUUGCUCUGGUUACCUGUGUUGGCGGGCCCCUUCGUCUGUUGGCGUUUGCUCAACUGGGGGGUAAUUUUACCUUCCGCCUUGGACCACCAAGCACUUUGACCACAACGGGAGUAUAUCGCUACAUGCAGCACCCGGGCUAUACGGGACAAAUCAUCGUCUUGCUGACGAACCUGGCUCUUUACUUCCGGUGGGAUGGAGUACCAGGAUGCUGGCUUCCCGAGAAUGCACACCAGAGACUCGAUGGCUGGGGGUUUCCCUGUGCCGUUAUUAUUACCUUUGGUAUUGUGCGGAGGCUAUUGAUGAGAACCAAGGAUGAAGAAGAGAUGCUGCGGAAAACAUUUGGGGCUGAAUGGAUCAAGUGGCAUCAGUCUACCAAGAGGUUUAUACCUGGCGUUAUCUGA